AUGGCUGAGGGCGUUGUGGGCUGGUUAAUCCCCAAGCUCGGAGAUGCCCUCGCAAACGAGGCUGUUGAGGUUGCAUAUUCAUUCUUUGGGGUGGAGGGUUAUGCCCUAAAAGGCCUAUUUCGUGAGAUACGCGAUGUGAAGGGGGAGCUGGAGAGUGUUCAAGCUUUCUUGUGUGCCGCCGAGAGAUUCAGGGACACUGAUGAGACCACAGUUGCAUUUGUGAAGCAGAUCAGGAGUCUUGCUUAUGAGAUCGAAGAUGUCAUUGCAAAGUGCACUUACCAUCUGGGGGAAGAUGCUGAUUGUAUGUUUCUUUUCAAGCCAGUAAGGAGGAUCAGACAGAUCAAGGUAUGGUACCGCUUGGCAAAAAGGCUCCAAGACACCAAACUAGGUCUUAAGAAUGCUGCAGAGAGGAGGGGCAGAUAUGAGCUGAAGGGAAUUGAGAGAGGCACACGGUUAUCAGGCAGCAGCAGCUCAAAUUGGAAGUGUUCAGGAUACAUGCAGUUCAAAAGGGAGGAGGAUCUUGUGGGGGUUAAGAAGGAGAGAGACUUCUUGCUGGAAUGGGUGAAAGAUAAUGACCAGCGAAAUAUGAUAGCAUCAGUGCUCGGGAUGGGUGGCAUUGGCAAGACAACACUUGUUGCUCACAUUUACAGUGCUGUCAAGGAGGAUUUUGAUACUUGUGCUUGGAUCACAGUGUCCCAGAGAUAUGAAGUUGAUGACUUGUUACGACAAAUUGUUCGGGAGUUCCGCAAGAAUGACCGAAGAAAAGACUUUCCAGAGGAUGUUGAUGUGACUGAUUAUAGAAGCCUACCAGACAUAAUUUGCAGUUACCUCAAAAAUAAAAGGUACAUUCUUGUUCUUGAUGAUGUGUGGAAUGUGAAUGUUUUGUUUGAUAGUAAGGAAACAUUUCUUGGUGGAAAUGGUCGGAUAAUUCUUACAUCAAGGAUUUAUGAGGUGGCGAGAUUGGCGCAUGAAUCAAAUAUUGUUCAUUUGCAGCCCCUGCAAGAGCGUGAUGCACAGUAUCUAUUUUACAAAGAGGCCUUUUGGAAGAACAAAGACAUGGCUUGCCCGCUUGAGGUGGAACACUGGGCUAAAAUGUUUGUAGAGAAGUGCAAUGGCUUACCAAUUGCUAUUGUAUGCAUUGGGCGAUUCUUAUCAUUCCGAAGAACAAGCUAUUUGGAGUGGGAAAAGGUGUACAAAGGUAUUGAGACGCGUCUCAGCAACAAUCCUAUCAUGGAUAUGAACAUAAUCCUGCAGGUUAGUUUGGAGGACCUACCACAUAAUAUAAGAAAUUGCUUCUUGUAUUGUUGUCUGUACCCAGAGAAUUAUGUGAUGCAAAGGAAGUCGCUAGUGCGACUUUGGGUUGCAGAAGGGUUUGUCGAGAAAAUUGGCCAAAAGACAUUGGAGGAGAUAGCUGAGGAUUAUCUGACUGAACUUAUCCAUCGGUGUCUGUUGGUGGUGGUGAAGAGGAGUGACUCUGGAUGUGUCUGUGAAGUUCAAAUGCAUGAUAUCCUUCGUGUUUUAGCUCUUUCCAAGUCACAUGAAGAAAAUUUUGGCAGUGUCUAUAAUCCCUUGAAAACUGAUCUCAUCAGAGAAGCACGGCGUGUAUCAACUGAAAGUGGGGAUAUUGCGCGGGUCGCAGAAAAUGCUCCACAUCUCCGUUCCUUGCUUGUUUUCCAGAAUUCCUUCACCCCUGUUUCACUUCGUUCACUGUCAAGCGUCAACAAGCUGUUAUCUGUCCUGAACCUACAAGAUAGCUCAAUUGAGCGGCUUCCAAAAGAGGUGUUUGACUUGUAUAAUUUGCGCUUCCUUGGUCUGAGGAGAACUAAUAUUGCAAGUCUUCCACGAUUAAUCGGGAGACUGAAGAAUUUGCUUGUCUUGGAUGCCUGGAAGUGUAAAAUCACGGAGCUACCAUCAGAAGUUACAAAGCUUCAUAAGUUGACGCAUCUUAUCAUUACUUCCAAACCAGUUCGAUCAUCUUUGCAGUUUGUACCUUCUGUUGGUGUACAUGCUCCAGCAAAUAUAUGUUCCUUAACGAGGUUGCAGACACUACUACUGAUGGAAGCUAGUGCUGAAGUGGUCUGUAGCAUAGGCACUCUUGUGGAGUUAAGAACAUUUCGUAUCAGCAAAGUGCAAGGUAGCCAUUGUGAAAAUCUGUUCAAGGCUAUUAGUAAUAUGACUCAUAUUACUCGUCUCGGGAUCCAAGCAGCUGAUAAUGAGGAAAUGGUGGAUCUCAAAGCACUUCAGCCACCUCCAUUGCUUCAGAAGCUUUUCUUGCUAGGGGCACUAUCUAAGGAAACACUACCUGGUUUCUUCUCAUCGCUUGGUAAUCUAAAGAACAUCACAUUUCUAAGGCUUGUUGGUUCAAGACUUGAUGAAAACACAUUUUCUUGUCUGAAGGGGUUACAAUGGUUAGUUAAGCUUCAGCUUUAUGAUGCAUACAGUGGCGGUAAGAUGCUGUUCUCCACAGAAUCAUUUCCAAACCUAAAGGUGCUGAAAAUAAGGGGCGGUCCACAUCUGACUGAAAUUAAGAUAGAAAGAGGGGCCAUGACGAGCCUAGUUGAUCUCAAGCUUCUACUCUGUCCACAGUUGAAGAUGUUACCUGAUGGUAUUGAACAUUUAAGCACUCUUGAAGAACUGACUUUGGAUCAUACUGCAGAAGAACUCGUCGACAGGGUUCGGCAGAGGAAAGAGAUGACGAUUUCUCAUGUCCAGCGAGUUUAUAUUGGGUUCGUCAGAAAUGGUGAGCUCGCUUUUGAGAGAAUAACAUGA